UAUCAUCAUACCACGACCACGGUCGUGACUCGUGUAUAGUUUAAUCGUGUUAUUGACGAACGGAAGUGAGUAACGACGCGUUACUCCGGGCUCGUGGUGGUCGGAAACGAAUAACAUAAACAUAAAAAUUAAUUCCCGGUAAAAAAAAAUAACAACAAUUUUUACUUAUAUUUCAAUUUGGGAGUAUAACGCGAUUAUGAGCAGUAUUAAUGUGUGAAUAUAACUCAAGGAGCAACGACGUCCGCCGCUGCCAUAAUGAUAAUUUUGAAACCGGCAUGGAUUACUCACAAUGGUAUGCCAAUAUUUUCGAUAGAUAUUCAUCCGGAUGGAACUCGUUUGGCUACCGGUGGCCAGGGACGAGAUUCUGGAUUAGUUAUGCUGUGGAAUACGGCCGCCGUUCUAGACGAAAACAGUGAAAACGAUGAAAAUGUACCCAAAAUUCUUUGUCAGGUAUGUGUUUCAUGGCACUAAAUAUUAUGGUUUACAAAAGAAAAAAAAAAAAUCGAAUUUCAUGAUUUCAGGUUGAUAGCCACCUGGCGUGUGUGAAUUGUGUCCGAUGGAGUAAUUCCGGCAAGUAUUUGGCUUCCGGUGGUGAUGAUAAAAUUAUUAUGGUAUGGUCAUUGACCAAAUAUCCAAAUAGUGGAAAUAUUGUAUUUGGUACCAAGAAUAUUGUCAACAUUGAAACAUGGAAAUGUAUGUUCACUUUACGAUCACACUCUGGCGAUAUACUUGAUUUGGCAUGGUCACCCGAUGAUUCAUAUUUAGCAUCAUGUUCAGUGGACAACUCAAUAAUUAUAUGGAAUGCUCAAAAAUUUCCAACCGUACAUAAAGUUCUUUCUGGUCACACUGGUCUAGUGAAAGGAGUUUCUUGGGAUCCAAUUGGUAAAUAUCUCUCUUCACAAUCUGAUGAUAAGUCUUUAAGAAUAUGGAGAACAUCAGAUUGGCAAACAGAUACUAUUGUUACAACGCCUUUUAAAGACUGUGGGGGAAACACGGCUGUACUACGGCAUAGCUGGUCUCCAGAUGGUCAAUAUUUAAUAUCUGCCCACGCCAUGAAUAAUACUGGUCCUGUUGCUAAAGUUAUUGAAAGAGAUGGGUGGACUUAUGAAAAAGAUUAUGUUGGACAUAGGAAAGCCAUUAAUUGUGUACGGUUUAGUAGUUCAAUUAUGGAACGUAAAGUUGGUAAGAAGACUCAUCACAUGUGUUUAUGUGCUGUAGGUUCUAGGGAUUCAAAUGUAUCAGUAUGGUUAACUGGUCUAACGAGACCAGUUGUUGUUCUUGAGAGUUUAUUCCAGGGUCCUGUUUUAGAUUUGUCAUGGUCAAAAAAUGGAUUGAAUCUAUAUACAUGUUCAUUUGAUGGAUCUAUAGCAAUUUUGAUUUUUGAGCAAAAAGAUAUUGGAAAAGCACUUACAGAAAAAGAAAAAAACACCAUUUAUGAAAAAAUUUACGGUAUUUCUCUUUUAGAAAGGCAUAGUAACACAUUACUUAUUGAAAAUCCAGCAAUACUAAGUAUGAAUGGUAUUAGUACACAAUCUGAUGUUCCAAAAGCUGAUACUAAAAAAGAAACGAAACAACCGCCUAAAUGUUUAUCUAAACCUUUACCACCUAUUUUGAAAAAACAAAUUGAAACUCGCACGUCUGAUGGCCGCAGGCGCAUUACACCUAUUUUUAUACCACCAACACCUGACAAUGCAGAAGAAAUUAACGUUUUACCAUUUUCUUCAUCUAGUGAAAAUAAGAGUCAAGUAAUUGUUGAAAGGGUAAAUGAUAUCAUUGAACCUAAUAUAAGUAACAGCUGUAGUAAUUUUAGUCAAGAAUCUCAAACUCCAUUAAUUAUCGACUCAACAAUACGAAGGAGUACACCAACAUCUGUUUUACAAACAUCUCCCAAUAAAUCGGAAUCCAAAAAAAGGCCAGAACCUAUAUCAAAUUUAUUUUCAACUAAAAAAAUUAAAUUCAGUAAUAUAGAAGAUGUAGAUGAAGAACUUUCCACAGAUAUUAAACCUAAUUUUCCUCAUAGUAUUACACAUAACCGAAGAUUCGCCAUUACCAAUUUUUCUGUUGAUCAAUCCACAGAUAAAGUUAUCGUAGAAAAUGAUAAAUGUAAUACUUUAAAUGGGCCUAUUUCUAAAAUGAAAAUUUGUAAUAAUAAUGUAGUUGUUUGGGAGAAAGUAUUCAACUCUAGUGUAAUAAAAUACUGCUCCAACAAAACACUGUCAUUGAUAAUUGUGGCAUUAAAAAAUUGUACUAUUCAUGUGUUAAGAUCUAAAAAUGGUUCAUUAAUAUGUCCUCCAUUUGUUUUAUCAUCACCAGUGACUUCUAUUAGUUCUAAUAAUCACUACUUAUUAUGUAUGACUCAAAAUUCUCUUUCUGUUUGGAAUAUUUAUAAACAAGAAUGUGUUUUACACGAAGAGAAACUCAACACAUUGAUUUGUUCAAACAAAAACAAACCAAUCAGUGUUCAAAAAUGCAUGUUAACUGAAAAUGGAACAUCAAUUAUUACACUGACUACUGGUAAAUCAUAUAUGUUUUCUAUAAGUGCAAAAUGUUGGAUGUUGAUCGGUGAUAGUGGAGAUGCAAUAUAUUCAAACUCGUCUCAAAAAAAUAAACAUAAUGGUUUGAAUAAAAAUAGCUCCAAAUACCCACUGAGUGUAAUGCAAGCGUAUUCUUCCAAGUAUAAAUCACAUUUAGAUUGUACGGACACAGAUGGGAUUAGUGAAUUGUGUUCAAAAUCGUUUUUGGAACAACAGAUGUCUGCUGCUUUAGCUCUGGAGUCGGACAGUGAAUAUAAAUAUUGGUUAUUAGCCUAUGUUUCGUUUUUAACCGAAAGAGAAGACUGUGAAAGAUUACGGAUUCUAUGUCAGGAUUUAUUAGGAGUUUCACAUGGUUAUACCAGUCAUAAAAAAAUAGAAACAAUAAUAGGCAUGUCAAAACAUGAUCUUUUAAAAGAAGUAUUAAUAAUAAUUGCUGCUUCUCGGAGCACUCAAAGAUUGUUUACAGAAUUCCAUGACCAAUUACAACUAAUAUCUCAAAUGUAAUGACUGAUUCAUUAUUUAUUUCAUAAAAUUAAUAACAGUGAAUGUUCAACAAGAUGAUCAUAAAUCACGUUACCCAAUUGUUGAGGUUUCUUUUAAUCCUUAUAAAAUACCCACAAUUUUUAAAAGAUUAGUUUUUGAUCAUCCCUGUAUGUACACACAAGCGUUUUUUAAUUGGAUGUUUUGGCUAUAACUGUUUGGUUAUUUAUUAGAAUAUUCGCGUAUUUGUAUUGCUAAUAGAACAUUAGAUAUAAUACAAGUCUUAUUAAUACUUUACAGUAUUUCAUUAAAUUAAUAGAAAAUAGACUUUUUCAGUCCAAGUAUUGAACAGUUAUAAUUAAGAAAUUGAGUUAAAACAAUAUAAUUAUUAAAUGUAUAGAAUUUGUAAAAAUAAUAAAAAUAUCAUCUAUACAAAUAUAUUUCCCCAAGAUCUCCAAUAUCAUUUUUUUAAAAUAGCUAAUAAAAAUGUAUUUUAAAAAAAUUGUAAUCAUUGAAACUCAAUGUUAUCUUUGAUAUUGCAUUAUACUAACAGGAAUACAAUUUUUAAAGAAAUCUUAUUUUGACGCUAAAUAUAUAUAUUUUUUUAAUUAAAAAUUAUAUUUUUACUUUUUUCUCUGUUGUAGGAUUUAUCUUAUACAGAUAGUAUUUUUAUAAAAUUUAUUUUAUUUUACCUUUCAUUUAGAAAGACUUAAAUGAAAUUAAAAAAAAUUUGAAUUACUCUGCCCGAUUUGAAUAUUCACUUGUGCACGCAUACACUGGUGUCUUCGUAUUCUGAAUAAAGUAUACAUGCCAUAUUAAUAUUGUAUGGGCUAUCUGUAUAUUGUAUAAUUGAUGUUAAAAAAUUUCAUUUGAAUUAUUUACAAUUUUUUGGCAUUUAAAUCCAUAUUUUUCUGGAAAAUUUAUUAUUAAUACAUUGUAUAAUAAUUAAUUGAUUGUUAUUUACCCCUAUUGUGUUAUACUUAUUUGUAAAAAUAAUAAUUUUGUAUUCCUUAUUACUGGAAAAAACAAAUUGUAAAUUUUGUAUUGAAUGUUAAUAUAUCAGUAGAUAUUUUUUUAUAAUUAUAGAUUUUUGAAAUUAUUUGAUUUGUCAUUUUUAAAUGUAUUUUAUGUAUAAGAAGCCUAAUAGUAUUAAAAAUAAUAAUAAUACUUAAGAACAAAGAGUUUUUGAAAUAAAAUAUGAAAAUUUUUCUAAUGAAAUGACUAAUAUAUUUUUUUAGGACAAAUACCCUCGAUUGCAUAGGUUUCUGAAAAUGAUUUAUUUAAAUACCAAUAAGAAUAAAAAUAAAUAAUUAAAUGAUUACAAAUAUUAGUAGUGAAGAAAGACCAAUUGUGGUGUAAGAUGAACAAAACAUUUAACAUCAGUCGUCCCAAUCACCUUCGGUGUCAUCAUCUCCAUCUGCCUCACUUUCAGAUUCUGGAUUAGGAGGUAACAUAGUUGAAGCCAUACGGUAAAUGACUCCCUCUAUGCCAUUAUCGUUUUGCUUAUUGUUACCAGAAAUGCCUUGCCUUCGCAUAGCCAAUUUUUUAUGUAAAUCAGCCAUCAAGCCAUCGCCUGUUGGUAACAUUUCAUCACAUGUUUUCCUAUCAAUAACUGAGCGUAAAUUGGCUUUUUGCAACCCUCCAGCAUUCCGUAUCUCAUCCAUUAACACACUAUGUGUAUUAAUAUUAUCGUUAAACGUAGUUUUAUGUAUGUUUUUUUCACUUUUAAUAGCAACUUCUCUAUCAAUGUGAUCUUCAAUAUUAUCAUCAAUUUUAUUUUGUGUAGAUGGUGCAAUAGCAGUUAACAAUUGUUCAUGUCCAAGUUUAGUGAUCUCUUUUUCAACAGUAAUUAUCGCCGAAUCAUCAGCAAUCAUUUGGUCAUCUUUUAGGUCAUCCAAUUCGUCAAAACUGGGAAGGCCCACCACUACAUUGGAUGGUUUAGAAAUAACAACAGGCUCAGCAAUGAUUUUCUCUUCUUCGAAAUAUUGUACAUCGCCUGCGAUACCAGGGAGGUCGGGUAAAUCAGCUGGCACAUCAAUAGAAGGUACUUCUUCGUCCACCGGAGUAUAAGAAUAGUUGAACUGACUAUCGACUUCGUUCAAAGGUAACGUAAACACUGGUUUGUGAAUGUUUUCAACAUGUUGGUCUUUUUCAGUAUCUGAUGGUGCAAUGGUGUUAUUUACUUUGUACGGGUUUGACAAAACAUAAUUCUUAUACAAAUUAACAUUAGAAUUAAACAAAAGUAGUGAGUUGACGUAUUUCACAUUGUCGGGCAAAUCACCUAAUCCCCUAGUCGAAUAGAUGUCUUUAUUUUUCAAAAGUUUUAUAUUUUCAUUGUUCACCCUGUAAAAUUUAAGUUUGGCAGACGGGUCUUUGAACACAGAUAUUUUAUGGGUGACCGGUAUAUUUUCAAUAAUAUCGGAUUUAACGUCGAAAUCGUAAUAAUAUUCAUAAUCUUUUUGACAAUGGGCAGCGGGGUAUUUCGAACUCGAGUACACUUGAAUAGAUUUCUUGAUGUUUGACAAACGGUGUACUUUGUUGGUGACGCUAUUUAGUCUGUCGCACAGUUUAACUACUUCCAAUUUCUGUAAGUUUAUAUUAUCUCGGACGUGUUCGUAAACGCAUUCAACGACUUUAUUGAGGCAAUCCAAUGAUUUGAUUAAUUGUAAAACGGUCUCUUCGUAUCCCAGAUCGUAGGGCAGCAAUGGUAUAUAAGCUUCUUUGUUGACUUUGACCAUAUUAUUUACGAGAUCAUAUGCGUAUAAACGAAAUUAUAAUAUUUUAUAUCCCGGAAUUAAAACUUAAAAAAUAUUAAAUUACUAAGAAAAUAAAUAAUAUGUUAUAUUUUGAUUUCUAUGAUUAUGAGCCCAUGAUUAUAAAUAGU